AGAUUUCCGAUUCUUCUGAAGGCUUGAAUUCAUAUUCUGAUUCUUCUACAAUUGUUCGAGAUAUUCAUGGCGGCGGAGAAUUCUUCCUCGCACGUUCCAAUCGACAUACAAAGUGAAUUGUAUCUGCAUCCCACUGAUUCACCAAAUUUUUCGCCGGCAUCACAGAAAUUGAACGGCGAAAACUUUCCGCAAUGGAAAAGAUCUGCUGAAAUUGCGUUGAGAGCCAGAAACAAGUUAGGAUUUGUUGAUGGAAGCUCGAAACCACCAGAUGUGUCAUCUCCUACCUUCGCACAAUGGAAUCGUUGCAACAAUCUGGUAAUAUUCUGGAUUCUACACUCUGUUGAAUCUGGAAUUGCGAAUAGUGUAUUAUACUGUGAAUCUGCCAAGGAAAUAUGGGAGGAUCUUGAUGAUCGCUUUGGACAAAGCAAUGCACCAAAGCUAUUUCAGCUGCACAAGGAAAUAGUGACUCUGGUUCAAGUUGAAAGGUUCUUCAAAAUCCAUGGUUAUCCUAAAUCAAGUAAAGGAUACACUUCUUCAAAUGAUCAAGGGAGUCAGGCAAGAAAGAUUGCUGGGAAUGUGGUUUCUGAAACAGAGAAUGUCAUGACUGGGCAAACUGUCAACACAAAUCACGUUCAUCAUUCUGCUGAACUGCCUAUGUCUCUCACCAGUGCUCAAUAUAAUCAACGGAUCGCCCUCCUAAAUAAAGACAAUCUUUCAGACAGAGAUGAUGGUGGAGUCCCUGGUUUUCUUUCCAGUCACAUGGCCUCAAGUGGUCACUUAGCAGGUGCACGUGGAAAGAAAUACACUUGUGCAUUACAGGCAGACAACCUUAAAGAAUAGUUGAAAUAUUGAAAACAUGAGCUACUAGUCAAGAAAGGAAGAUGAUUAAU